UCACCCCUCCUGCUCCUCCUGGCCCAGCAGCCCCCCUCGCUCGUCUUCCUCCUCGCGCAGGACUGGAUUCCAGUAGCGGAAGCGCCGCCGCCGCCGCUGCCGCCGCCGGUUGAUCUCCCAUUCGAUUCUAUCGCUCCACACCGUUUCUCCUCCCACCACCCCACGAAUUGAUUCUGCGCUGUAUCUCCCUCGUUUUAUCUCCUCAAUAUCCCCUAAUUCGUAACUGAGUAAAAAAUGAAGGUAGGGUGGCCGCCCUACCUUCCCCUACCGGGUCCUCCGCCCGUGGUCCUCGGCGCAUCCCCCGGAAGCGGCGACGGCGGCGGCGGCGGCGGCGGCGGGAGUGGAGGCCAGUCGGUUGACACUUCAGCGAGGCGGCACCGCCGCAUGUCCGCCCCGUCGACCGGCAUCCGCCUCAUGCCGGCAUUCAACGAUGCUGCUGGUGAUGACGAUGGCGGGAGCUGGGGGUUGUCGUCAUCUUCGUCUGGAGGGUUGGACUUGGGGCCUGAUGCAUCGCAGCCCCGCUACAACCGCCACCGUCUCUACCCCGAGUUCUCUCAGAUGUCGAAUAUGGGGCGGCUCCUCUUCCACGGCUCUGCGUUGGGGUCGCGGACGACCGACGAUGAUGUGCUCGUGAUGGAUGGCGUGCUUGUCGCCAACAGCUCCAGCUCCGGCCCCAGGCGCUCCUCCUCGUUCUCUGACCUCGGCUUCGUCCACGCCGGCUACCCCGGCUGCAGCGGUCGCUACGCCUCCAAUCGCCAGUGUUCAUAUGGGAAGGAGGAAUCUUGUGCAGUGCCACCCAUGAAUCGAAGACAUUCUGAGGUGGAACUUCAGAACGCGCGACCGGUGCAGGGUGCUGGCGUCAACAUGCAAGCGGGCCGCAGAACCUACCACCCUCUCCACCCUCAAUCGCUGUCAGCAGCCGGCCUCCCCACUCCCGCCGCCAUCAGGCCACCAGCAGCACUUUACUUCACGCCGCCGAGAGCCACCACCACCACCACCACCCGUGCGAGGACGCCGGCCGGUUCCUCAUGGCCACCAAAGCGGCCCGAGUUUAAGGCGCCGGCGUUUCGGGGGGCGACGUUCACGUGGCCACCUACCGAGGAGGAGGACGCCUUCAUCAGCCAGUAUCUCUAUGGCCUCCACCGCGCCCCCCUGCGAAGGCUGCCCGUGUUCGCGAGCAUCUGUCCGGUGUGAAAUGAGCCCUACCCUUGCUCCUCUGCAGCACGGCACGAGCUGCUCUGCAAUGUCCAGCGUAUCCGUAGGUUUGGUAACGGUAAAAUUGCGCCGGACGACCAUGCAAUUGACUCGUUCUUCGUCAGGUGAGUACUGUACAUGCUGGUUAAGUGUGCGCGACAACAGGCACACGAGUCACGACCUUUCAAUUUUGCCUCCGGAUGUGUUUGUGUGUUUGGUAGACAAACCUGAUGACAGUUUACGUCGGUCUGGAGUCCUCUGCAGAUGUGCUGGUUUACAGGUUUUGGGAUUGGUACCGGCUUUAGUUUGUGAAUAGAAAUACUACUGAGUAAACACACAGCGUAGAUUGGUACCGGCUUUAGUUGGAUCAGUACGUGUGACAUCUGCUGUUCAUAUAUAUUCAGGAUAUUGAUCUGUCCGGGUGCAGUUCGUUUGGUUCA